AUGGCGCACACUCUCGAGUUUGGCUCUGUCUCUAUCACCUUUCAAUGGCACAACUAUGUUGCGCUUGCUAUCUUGAGUGCGGUGGUGAUCCUAUCCCUCUCACGCAUCUGGCGCGCUCGACUCCCGCACAAUGGCGACGUGCCCACGCGCAGCGACGACCUUUCCGGAUCCUCAGAAAAGAAAGCGCCCAAGCCGCUGCGGUACGGCUCGGGCAAGCUUGAGGGCGGCGCGUGGGACGCGAAGGGGCCUGGCUACCUCCCCGACCCUGAUCCACUAAGCAAUCUCGACCUGAGUACUGCGAGCGUGCGCGACUAUGUGUACGUCAACAAGGUGCUGCGAUACCCGUAUUUCCAGACGAUGGCACACCAGCCAAUGCACAUCAAUGACUGGAUUGAGAUCGAUCGGGAGUACAAAUGGUAUCUGGACGAGAAGGCACGCGUCAUCCGAGAACAAGGCAAAGUAGUCAUCGACUCGCUCCCAGAGAAUGACGCAGCAUGUACCGAAUUGCUCGAGACGCUCGCGGACUACCUUCCCAAACGCUUCCCCACUAUGUUCGACGCCAUUUACGACAACCCGUCUGAACCUGCUAUCGGUAUCGUCAACAAGGUCACCGGCGAGUCAUUCCCGGACGUGCGGACGCUGAGUGGCGUGGACGCGCUCCUUGCUGUCUCGAGACUUGUACAGGACGACUUCCUCAUGGGUCGCGAACGCCCCGAUGGCAAGAUCUACCUCGUCGGCGGGCUGAUCGUCUUCCCCGGCUCGUACCUUCUUUCGGAAAAGAUCGGCCAACCGCUGCACGAGCUGCACGGGUCUGUGCCGCACUUCAACAAGAUGCUCAUGAGCGUCGAGCGCACAAUGGCGCGCUUCGCGCCCGACCGCCCCUUCGAGCGGGCAAGCUGGAUGAUUGUCGACGACCGCGAACUCUUCUGGCAUAACAUCAUCUCAGGGACGAUGCCUGCGGAUAUGCACCCGAAGGACCUCUUCCUGCGCAUCGACCACCAGACGUUCCGCAAGCUGCCCAAGACGCGGGGGAUUAUGUUUGGCGUACAUCCCGUCCUGAAGCGCAUCGGUGACCUUGCAGACAGUCCACUCGUCCCAGCAUUGCUUGCGAAGAUACAUACCGAGGCGGAUCGUGAGCUCAUGGGCUACAAGAAAUCGGAGAAAUACACCGGUGUGCUGGUCCCGUACCUGCAGAAGCUCACAGAGCAGCAGAUUGCAAAGGGUCUUGUCAGUCGGAAGGUGUAUCUGAUGCUUGUGCUCCUCUCGAAAAGGCCAGACGACGUAGAGGAGGCGGCGAUGUUCCGCGAGCAGGCGAAUAUGACUACUUGA